UGAGUGUGUACGGCGUGUUUUCCGUCUUCGGAGAGUGCAUGUGUAGCCUGUGUUUUCUUUCUUCGGUGAGAGACCGUCUAACACGUCAGCGUGGGGAGGGCAAUGCUGUUUUAAAUGCUGUGAAUGUGACAGUCAAUACUACAGAAAAACAGCGUGCAGGGGAAGGGGAUUGGAUGAGCCAUCUCGCAAAGGGAGAAAAAUGCGAACAAAAACAACCCGUCCGCAGACGUGAGAAGAAUAGCGCCAUAAGGAGAGGAGACGCAGACAGAGCGGAGCCCUUUCCAUCGUUCCACAAGUGACUGGUUUGGUUUGUUUAUUACAAAAUAGUGCGGUCGGACUAACGCGCGGGUAGAGGGGGGCUUGGGGAAGGCACGACGCAGACACAGUCUAGCGGUGACUGAGGUGCGAGAAGAAGCUGUUGCCCUCUGGGGAGAAAGAUGACAGUAGUGCCCGUAGAGAACCACGAUGAGACUGUGGCACUAGCAGCCCUGUCCCAAGAUGUGUACGACCCCGCGGACCAGCGAGCGGUCCAGGAAUGCUGCGAGCGCGUGGUUAUCAACAUUUCCGGGCUGCGCUUCGAAACCCAACUAAAAACGCUCGCGCAAUUCCCCACAACCUUACUGGGGGACCCGAGGAAGAGAAUGCGCUUUUUUGACCCUCUGAGAAACGAGUACUUCUUUGACAGGAACCGGCCCAGCUUCGAUGCAAUCCUCUACUUCUACCAGUCCGGAGGGCGCCUCAGGAGACCAGUCAACGUCCCCUUGGACAUAUUUUUGGAGGAGAUAAAAUUUUACGAAUUGGGUGAGGAUGUAAUUGAAAAUUUUAAAGAGGAUGAGGGGUUUAUAAAGGAAGAGGAAAGACCUCUGCCAGACAAUGAGUUCCAACGGCAGGUCUGGCUGCUGUUUGAAUACCCAGAGAGCUCGGGACCCGCCAGAGGAAUAGCUAUAGUCUCUGUUCUGGUGAUUUUAAUUUCUAUUGUAAUAUUCUGCUUGGAGACACUGCCUGAGUUCAGGGAUGAAAAGGAGAAACAUGUGAACACCGAUAUGACGUUGAAUGGAACUACACGCGCUAAAAAGGCCAACCCAUUCACAGACCCAUUCUUUAUAGUGGAGACUCUCUGCAUCAUCUGGUUCUCCUUCGAGCUGCUUGUGCGGUUCUUAGCGUGCCCCUCCAAGCCGGCCUUCUUCAAAAACAUCAUGAACACCAUUGACAUUGUGGCGAUCAUGCCCUAUUUCAUCACUCUGGGCUUGGAGCUGGCGGAGCACCAAGGGAACGGACAGCAGGCCAUGUCCCUGGCCAUCCUCAGGGUCAUCCGACUGGUCAGGGUGUUCAGGAUCUUCAAGCUGUCCAGACACUCUAAGGGCCUCCAGAUAUUAGGGAAGACCCUACAGGCCAGUAUGAGAGAGUUGGGGCUGCUCAUAUUCUUCCUCUUUAUCGGAGUCAUCCUCUUCUCCAGUGCUGUCUAUUUCGCCGAGACCGAUGACCCAGAAUCGGGAUUCAGCUCCAUCCCCGAUGCCUUCUGGUGGGCUGUGGUUUCCAUGACUACCGUAGGCUACGGGGACAUGUGCCCUGUUACCAUUGGGGGAAAGAUCGUGGGGUCUCUGUGCGCCAUCGCUGGGGUGCUCACCAUCGCGUUACCGGUCCCUGUCAUUGUGUCCAACUUCAACUACUUCUAUCACCGGGAGACGGAGCACGAGGAGCAGUUUCAGUACACUCAUGUGACCUGUGGCCAGGAACAGCAACCGUCGUUUGGGGAAUUCAAAAAGAGUGACAGCCAACCGUCGCUUUCCAAAUCAGAUUACAUGGACACGGAGGACGCUGACUCCAUCAAAUAUACCAACUGCAGCCCACACAAAGCGUACUGCAGCCCACACAAAGCCUAUACGGGGAAGCUCACUGAUGUAUGAAUGUGGGAUUGUUUUUAAAAAAACGCAUCAAUGAAAAAAAUGCAUACAAGAUAUGCGAAGAAACCAUGCGUUUCUUUCUGUGAGUAGCCUCCAUCCUCAUUCAGAGCUCUGGCUAGAGUUCGGUUGGCUCGUUGUUAUUUCUGGCACUUCUUAAUGCAAAAGGAAUUAUUUAUUAAAGUAUUGUGACAGUGGAUAAAUCAACCGUGGCUCGUGAUCUUCCCUGAAAACAGUCUUCCAUUGCGCGCGCUCAUAUUUGUUGUAGGUGUUCGCCUAAUAAACAAUAUCCAAGUAAUCAAUCAAACCACCCCUUUUAUUCUAGCACUUUAUGAACGUGAUCUCUUAGUAAUAGUAAUUUAUUAAUCCUAAUUGCAGGUCGUCUCGUGGUUUUCAAAAGUUUACAUAUGAUUUGCCCGUUUGGUGUUCGGUUGACGUCAUGACAGGACCAAUUUGUAUAAAUAAUCUAUAAUAAUCUUAUAGCCCGGGCACGUGGAAUUGCUUAAAACAUCAAGGUCAUUCAAUGAAUGGAUCGGCACCCCUAUUUCUUUUCUAUCAUCAUAUAACCGGUCAUGCUUUUUCCAUUCGUCCAUUACAGUGGCAUUACCACGAUGCACUGCGUGGCUGCCGAGAGCUCGUCUAUCCGGUCUGUCAGAUAUGGAAUUACGGGUGUCGCGCCAUCCACGCGGGGAAUGCCGCGUUCUGUUACGGUGGAAACACUGAAGCUUUACUGGUGCGGGUCCAGUUGGGAGCAGCACGUACACUCGGCUAAGCACCUGUCGCUAGAAUCACACAUGCAGCGGGUAUGAGGACGAGUCCGGACGUUGUAUUCGGCUUGUCGACCUUUAAAUUCGACGUUUUUAAAAAGGACAACACGUACUUUUAAAUAACGUACUUGUGGAUCAAUUAAAAACAGCGUAGAACCCGAAUCGAACGAAUCGAAUGGUUGCUGUUGAGGCUGUUCUCGACAUCGUUUUUUAUUAUUUAUUAUACCAGGUCACCAAAUGUUUAAGAUUAAGUAAGCCUGUUUGCGCAUAGUGAACAUAAAGUUUAUAAUAUACGUAUCUCAGAUAAUGAUUCUAUAAAUACUACGAAUGCAUGAAUGAAUGCAUUUUAAACUUGAUUGGGGGAAUGAGCAGAGCACUUGGUAGGCUUUUGUGGACGGUCAAUUGCCGGGAGAAUUUUUCCGUAUCCUCAGCGUCACUGCGUGGAUGGUUAGGGAACUGCAAACGUGUGGACGCAGAGGUGGUUUCUAUAGCAACCUUCCAGAUUGUUCUGUUCUAUUCUGACGGGAGGACUCGGUUGUCCGCUGCUGAAGUGAACAGCGGACGGACGGAAGGUUUGACUGACAACAUAAUGUAACUUGUUGUCAAUGCGCCCAGUGCAUGCUGGUACACGACCGACCUUGGCUAAUGUAAAAAUAUGCUAAAAUAGCGAUGUACAUUAUUUUGGCACCAGUGAUGGCCAUUUCAAAGUCCUGGGAGUGGGUCUGUUACAUGCAGAGCAACAGACAGAGACAGACACAUCCCUACACAGUUAAUUUGAACCGUCUUACAUGAAAACAUGUUGUAAAAAUAGAGUUCCACACUGUAAGUGGCAACAAUCUCUCUUGAUUCAGAUGUAGAAGAAUUAACAGCACAUUGUCUACUGAUGUAAUACACAAUCACCAUUAUACAGGUCCUCAUGAUUACGUUCAGACUGACUACCUUUCAAGCGACCUUGGUCACUUUCCAGACUGACUAUGUUGCCAUAUGCUUCCACACGAUCACCUUGCUACAGCAGAAAUCCAUCAGGCUCGGUCUCCCCAUUGUCUUUUUUCUUGUGGUGCGUUUGAAUCUCUGCUGGAGGUGGAAGCAAAUAACCUUUGGAAUAGAGUCAGGCUGUGUCGUGACUGUAUGGAUGAAUAACUCUAACUGUUGCCACAUUGGUUGGAUUACAAGAGGAGAGGCGGGACCUGCUGAAAUGGCAGAUGUGGAAGCCAAUACGUCAGAGGACAUGUCUGCACAUACGUGGCCGAAACAAACAAAGGGCACCUGCUAAAAAGUCUUCUUCCUGGGUGUCUUCUGGAGUUUGGACCAGUGAUGACAACAGAUUAUCUGGAGGGGAAGCAACAUCCCUCCGUCCAUGGUGCAUGUCACACCCAGAACCACAAC